GCAGCCGAGGGAAACAUCGGCAGCUUCCGACGACGUCGCUGUGAAAUGGCAGAAAGUGCUGGUGUCACGGAAGCGCAGAGAUUAGGUUACGUGUGAGCCACACAUGCAGAUCUGCGGGUGAUCCCGGCCUGUGAGUGCGAGGGUAAAGGGACUACAUCCGGAGCAGGAGAGGGAUUACUCGGGUGCUUCUACAGACAAACAAGCGGGUGGAAGACAGACGCGGCCCGGGUUGUGUCUCCAGCAGCGGACUGACGGCGGCUCGAUACUGCUGGAAUCCACCGGACAGAGGUUGUGAGAGGAGAGCUCCACUUGGAUGCCUAGUCAGUGUUUCUGCAAGGCUUCACCAUGAACCGGAAUAAGCGUGAAAAGGAGUACUACAGUAUAGAUGUUGGCGAUUCAACAUUUAUGGUUUUAAAGCGCUACCAGAACCUCAGACCCAUCGGAUCUGGAGCCCAGGGAAUCGUCUGCUCAGCGUACGAUCACAACUUUGAGAGGAACGUCGCAAUUAAGAAGCUGAGUCGGCCCUUUCAGAAUCAGACCCAUGCCAAACGGGCCUACAGAGAACUGGUGCUCAUGAAAUGUGUCAACCACAAGAACAUUAUCGGCCUAUUAAACGUUUUCACACCACAGAAGACACUGGAAGAAUUCCAAGAUGUGUAUAUUGUGAUGGAGCUGAUGGACGCCAACCUCUGCCAGGUGAUCCAGAUGGAGCUGGACCACGAGAGGCUGUCCUACCUGCUCUACCAGAUGCUGUGUGGAAUCAAGCACCUACAUGCCGCAGGCAUCAUUCACAGGGACUUGAAGCCAAGUAACAUUGUGGUGAAGUCUGACUGUACUCUCAAGAUCCUGGAUUUUGGCCUGGCCAGAACGGCCGCCACAGGCCUGCUCAUGACGCCCUACGUGGUCACACGCUACUACCGUGCUCCUGAGGUCAUCCUGGGCAUGGGCUACCAGGCCAAUGUUGAUGUCUGGUCUGUUGGAUGCAUCAUGGCUGAAAUGGUCCGGGGUAGUGUGUUGUUUCCUGGCACUGAUCAUAUCGACCAGUGGAACAAGGUCAUCGAGCAGCUGGGGACGCCAGCUCAAGAGUUCUUGUUGAAGCUCAACCAGUCUGUGAGGACAUAUGUGGAGAACCGGCCACGGUACGCCGGCUACAGCUUCGAGAAGCUCUUCCCUGACGUCCUGUUCCCUGCAGACUCUGAACACAACAAACUCAAAGCGAGCCAAGCCCGAGAUCUAUUAGCCAAGAUGCUGGUAAUUGAUGCGUCCAAACGGAUCUCAGUGGACGAGGCUCUCAAGCACCCCUACAUCAAUGUGUGGUACGACCCGACCGAAGUGGAGGCGCCACCACCCGCGAUCACAGACAAGCAGCUGGAUGAACGAGAGCACACAGUGGAGGAGUGGAAAGAUUUGAUAUACAAAGAGGUGUUUGACUGUGAGGAGAGGACAAAGAACGGCAUCAUCAGGGGACAGCCAGCGUCCAUAGCACAGGUGCAACAGUGAGCAGCAGCCCCAAGCCUUCCUCCUCGUAGACACACCCCCCUCCUCCAUGUCCACCCACCUGACCCUGACCGAUGCUGACGGCAGCCUGGAGAUUGGCCCACCGUCGUCGCCACCGCUGCUGCUAUGACCACCGGCCUCCUGGGCUGCUGCAGAUGACUAUCGUCUCCACCUGCCCCUGGUCCCGGCCUGGGCCACGCCCCCCUGGUCACCUCUGACCGCUCAGUCAGAUGCAGGCUUAUGGCCCCGCCCCCUUUACCUGAGUCCUCCCACCCCCACUCUGUGCUCGUCUCCAGUAGUGUAGUGAUUAGCCAGCUAGCUGUUUGAGAAAUAUUUCUGAAAGGACAGAUCAUUUUUCUUUUAUUUUUAUGAGUUAUAGUCCUUUAUUUUUAAAUUAGGAUCUUUUUUUUUUGUCCUAGCUGUAAUUUAUUGUGGCAUUUCUUAAUUUUUCAGAAACCUAAGAUGAUGAUAAGAGAAUUUUUAUGAUUUUACUACGUUCCGGUUUGUAUUAACCGACAGUGAGAGUUUAAAGAAAUAUCUGUAAACUGUUUAAUGUGAUUUAUUUUUCUGUUGAAAGUCGUUUUCUUCACUUGCUUUUACAACUUGCCAUAUAAAUGUAGACAGAGUUUGUACAGAUUUUAUGGUAGAUGUAGUUUUAUCUAUGAGUUUGCAGUGAGCCAUUGAGACAUAAUUUUAUUGACAAAUGUACGGUCUAAGUACUCCCCUGACCUUAUGUCACGUCAUAUGGAAAUAGUUUUAAAUGCAUAUGACGUAUGCUUUUAUUUGAGUGACUGAGGUCACUUGGAUUUAUUUGUAAAAUUAUUUUUUCUUGUGAGUCACUACUACAGCCUACAUUGUAAAUUUCAACUCAACGAAAUCUUCUUAAUUUUGUUCCUUCUUCACUACUUGAUUAGUCCAAAUUUGAAAAAUCUUGAGAUAUUCUUUCAGCAAGUGAUCACACUUGAGCUUUGGGAUCAAUGACGGCACAGUGAGGUCCGGCAAGAUACUUUGGAAGAUUUUGACAACUGUGUUGCGAUUUUUUUAAGUGCUUUAAAGUACCUCCUUUCUUGUCUGCAACAGGCAGUGGGACGUUAUGGAAGUGAAGUGGUGGUGUUGCUUUGGAGAACUGGCUGCACGGAGCUGCCUCACGUUCUCCUCCGGCUUGCUUUGGCACUGAGGGAAUUUGGAAUGUUUUAUUUUUUGUCGUGCUCCGGGAGGUUUGUUUGAGAGGUUUGAGUUGUGCGUUGGAUUUAAAAUCGGUGAUGGUGUUGAGUAGAAUGUGCUUCAGUCAAGUAGGGAAUUGUGAUAUUGAGAUCGCGUGUGAACAUGUGGGUAUUAAGUGUCUCGGCGGGAUUAGCGAUUAUGCAGCCUGGUGGUGUGAAAAGAUGUCUGCUUCCUACUACCACAUCCUGUUAUUAGUAAUGUACUUUUGUGAAUUUGAAAAAUCAAAAAGGGAUCCUUUUUGUUUUUUUCUUCCAGAAAUUGGCCAAACACUUAGCUUACCAGACUUGCCUGCAAUUGUGAAUUAAAGAACCUAAAACUUUGCAUGUUAAAUCAGCAGGACAAAAGAACCAAGUAGAAGGAAACGUUAUUCUUACUGUAUGCAAUAAUAGUGCCCUUUUUAAGUGUUUUCGAUUUUUUUUGAAAGGAAAAGUGCCUGUUUGUCAUUCAUUCCUGAGUAGGUGGGAGGAAGUGUUUCAUCACGUGUAGGUUUUUAUGGCAUUUGGAUAAUAACAGGAGUAGUAGUGUCCAUAUCAAACCAAUAAUGUAUGAUUGGGUUGUAGUUCUCACAAAUGUAUUGUAUAUUUUUCUACUUGUUUUGCUUUUGACCCUUGGGCAGGGAGACUGGUGUCUCGCAGGGUAAAGAAAGUGGCGCUGUAUGCUGCGGGAUGCUUAAGCUUGUGUUUGAGUCAUUUCAGAAGAAAGGGCAGUUUUAUCAAGGUCUUUCAUCAAAGUAAUAAAAAUAAUGCUGCGAGGGACAGUAACUGAAAUUCAUUUUAAUUGUACUUUUUCUGCUCCUUUUGAUGACUAAUUAAAUGUGGUGAUUGUAAAAGAGAAAAACGAACCGAAAAGUUCAGAUUUGACGUUUAACUACUGCAGCAAAUGAAAAUGAGAGAAUUAUAUUAUAUUGUCAGUAUUUUGUGGAUGGUUUUGGAUGUUUAUCGUUAAAAGGCCGAUCUAUACUCUCUUCCUUGGCAGAUAAAGAUCGUUUUGGUCAUAAAUUCGUAUAUCAAAGGAGUUGACGAUAUUUAGUAAUUCGCUCUGUGCGCCAUCUAUCGGGACGUUACGUAGCCGUUUCGCCUGCUCAAAAUGUUUGCGCAUUUGUCACGGAUCGUGAGCCUGUGUGAUGGUUUUUUCGACAGAAGAGGCAUAUGAUUAUCUUAACUUAUAACACAGAGUACAGCCGUCUAGAACCUGUUUUUGUCCCUGACAUGGACAUGUACCCACUGAACUCUAAGCUAACUAUGGGUUUUCUGUAGCUUUGUGCUGUGCUGAGCUUUGGUGACUUGUUAUUUCACGACGGCUUUCGGGCUUAUCACAUACAUUCGGACAUGCACCAGCUUUUUGGGAUUCCGUUACCAAAUGGGAGAAUGCUUUAUUUCUUGUAAUUUACUAAAUCGGGUUGCACCACUUAAACUGGCGCCCAAAAGUAGUGGAAACAUUACAAAGCUUAACUCAUUCUAACAAGAUUAAUGUAAUAAAAUUGUUAUUACCUAAUAAUUAUAAAUAUGCUGGCAUUUAUAGUAGCUACAACAGAUAAUCCUUACUUUAUUGGCAAGCUCAUGUUUUAUUUAAUAGUUACUGUAGCUACACAAUAGUAGAGCUAGUUUUUGUGGUGCAACCCAUUUUAAUUCUUCACUGCAUCUCGACUUUCUUAACACUAUAUAUUAUAUAACUCCGAUAAAUUCAAACUUACAAAGAGCUGGUGCAACGGCUCCUUCUUUCUUUUCAGUGACCAGAAUGGAAAACAAAUCAACGAUCCGUUAGCAAAGUUAGCAUUAGCACAGCACAACGCUUCAUUUAUUUCAGACUCCAACAGCAAAAAAUGUCAAAUUGUAAAUGCGCUGCAGGAAUCUUGACAGACGGGGAGUAGAACCUAGGACAGGAUCACAUCCUUACGAAAGGCAGCAAUAGCGGGGAGAAAAUUGACGUAUCCGUUUUUUUUUUUGUUUUUUUUUUUCUUGUUAGCACAUUUGUCAAAUUUGUGAAAAAUAAUCAAUCAGAGAAAAACACUUUGUUGUCUAAAGUGCUCUUAAUUUUUCUACCCCAACAUUAGGAGCUGUUGCUUGUUUUUUUUUCAUCCACUUAUUAGGUCGUUUUUGCUUUUUGAUAUAAUUACUGCAUCUCUCCAAACAAUGUCAUUCUGAUUUAAGUCGGCUUUGAUGAACUACCUCACACUGAAUUUCUGCCAGUUCUUGCAUAUAUUUAGUCGCCUGCAGAAUUAGCUAUCGAAGACGUGUGAAUAACAGAUUCCAUUAUUUAUUUAUUUGAAAGUGUACUAUUUGUCGGUUUCAGCAGACUUCUAGUUUUGUACAUUAUGUAUACUUCACCUAGAAGUAAGAGAAUUGUUAUAAGUUUUUUUUUUGUUCUUUUUAUGUUUUCUUUUCUUUGGUUUUUAAACUAAAUGUGCAAUACCUUCAGCAAACUUUGCUAGUAGUAUGUGAUGGGCCUAGCCUUUGUUAGCUGUCUCCUGAAGGUAAAGAAAAUGUUUGGUACUGUCAAUCCAUGUUUUCCUUUUUUUAUGAAUAAGAUCAAUUUUUAUUUCCGUGACUUGUUUAUAGUCAUACUAUUAUGUAAUCAGUCUUACCCACCAAACAAAUCUGUAAACCAGGGUAUGAUUUAGGGACAGAGGGUUCUUUGAGUCAGAACAUGGCAGACAGAUUCAUUUUAUGGGAUGUGGUAAGGACAAUAAUGUUAGUGAACACAAAAAAAAAAAAAGAUGUGUAAAAUACCUACAAUAAAUCAUUAAAUGUGUGGUGCUGGUUUGUAAUGUUUGCUAGUGAAUCCAGCCAUGCAAGUAGUUUUAAGAAUUCCUGGAUCUGCGCGUCCCCAAAAACCGCAGCCAACGAAGAAGUGCACUACUAGAAUACACGCACUGGGAUCUGAUGAUGCCACAUCUUUAAAAAAUAUUACAAAAUAAAAAAACAUGUACUGCAAAUAAAAAAAAAAUACACUUUGA